AUGGAAGCUUAUAAAAAAGUUUCUAAUAAGCUAUUACUCACUACUACUACUACUACUACUUGUCACCCUCCUAAGAGAAUCCAUUUUUUCAUUGUUAGCUCACUAGCCACCAUAUUGUUCAUCCUCAUAAUCUACAUAGAUAGCUAUAACAGCCUUCUUUCAAGUCUUAAUUCCCCUUAUUAUCUUCACUUUAAGGGCUACGAAGUUCUCAUAGCGCCAAAAUCAACUCAUCAUCAUCGUGAAGAAAACUAUGGCAAAGAUGAUGAGGAGGCAGACUACGUCGACCAUUUGAUUAUUCCUCCCGAAAACAUCACAACGCUAGAAGAAAGACUCAUUUGGUUCCGGCGAAAGCUGCCGGAACUCAGUCUCCUCCACUCGAACAACUCGACUCGGCGGUUCCACGGCCGUGUUGUAGAGUUCCUCGGCGGCAGUAGUGGCUGCACCAUGCAGUUCUUCAUGACGUGGCUUUCUCCAGCUAAGUCGUUCGGUCGGAGAGAGCUAUGGAGCUUGGAAACUCUAUUCAAAGCUCAUCCCAAAGCUUGUUUGGUAAUCGCAUCACCAAGUCUUGACUCAGUCAAAGGCUACAGAAUCUUGAAACCGCUGUUCGAUAGAGGUUUGAGGAUUCUAGCCGCGGAGCCAGAUUUGCCGUUCUUGGUCAAAAACACCCCAGUCGAAGCUUGGCUCGAGCAAAUGAAGACCGGGACCAAAGACCCUGGUUCCAUCCCCUUGUCCCAAAACCUGUCGAACUUGAUGAGACUCGUGAUGUUGUACAAAUACGGCGGCGUUUAUCUCGACACGGACGUGGUUGUUUUGAGGGACUUCACGGAGCUGAGAAACGCCAUUGGAGCUCAGAGCGUGGACGCCGUGUCGAAGGAGUGGACGAGACUAAACGGCGCCGUAAUGGUGUUCGACGUAAACCACCCUCUUUUGGUUGAUUUCAUGAAGGAAUUUGCGUCGAGUUUCGACGGGAACAGGUGGGGGCACAAUGGGCCGUACUUGGUUUCGAGGGUUAUAGAGAGAGUUAAAGAAAGAUCAUCAUCAUCAUCAAUGGCGGCAUCGUCGACGUUGAGUCGUUCUAGCUUUGUGGUUUUGCCUCCGAAGGCGUUUUACCCGGUGACGUGGCAUAGGAUAGAGAGGCUGAUGAAGAAGCCGGCGAACGAGUCGGAGAGUAGGUGGGCGGAGAGAAGGAUAAGAGAGCUCAACGACGGUGGAACCUACGCCGUACACCUAUGGAGACGGCAGAGCAUGGAAUCGGUGAUUGAAGAAGGAAGCGUUGUGGCACGAUUGGUCUCAUAUCACUGUCUCCUUUGCAACAAUAAUUAA